AUGCCUGCGUCUCACGUUUAUUCGACCGCCGGAGCCAAUGGAGUUCCAGAUGCAUCAAUAUAUACAAUCAAAGUGUCAACGGCUUGUAGCCAUUUUCGUCAAUCUAGUUCCGCACUUGCCUUUAUUCCAACAGCACCAGCUCCAGGACUUGUUGUUCCACAGAGGAAAAUUACAAUAAAACAAUAA